AUUUCUUCCUUAGAACAAUCAACGGCCUUUUUGCCGUCUUUCACCUUUCACGAUUUUAUUUUCCCCCGUCCCGUUCUCCCGCUCUCCCGCUUAGGGCCGUCGUCGACUUGAAUCUUUCUUCCCUUUUUUUAUGCAUUUUAAUUACCUAUGUACAUAUUACUCUCUUUUAGGGGACUCUCCUCCAUAUUAUCCAAGGCGCCAUCCGACACCGUUAUUCUCUCGUCCCUACGCACGCCUAUCUGUCGCUCAAAUCGUGGUCAACUAAAGAAUGCCUACCCCGAGGAACUUCUUUCCGUCGUACUACGCGCCACGCUCGACGCCAAUCCGAACCUCCCACCGAACAAGAUAGAAGAUGUCGCCGUCGGCGUCGUCCUCUCCGAACUCGGCGGCAGCAAGGCCUCUCGCAUGGCUAUGAAUCACGUCGGAUUCCCUAAUACCACAUCUCUGUACACCGUCAACCGCGCAUGUAGCAGCAGUCUACAAGCUCUGGCCAACAUUGCGGCUCAGAUCCGCGUGGACAUGAUUAGCGUAGGUAUCGCCGCUGGGAUGGAGAGCAUGACGAGGAAUUACGCUAGCAAGGCCAUUCCCGUAGAUAGGUGGCCUGUAUUGGCCGAGAGUCCCGUCAAAGAUGCGCGCGACUGCAUUAUGCCUAUGUUGGCUACCAGCGAGAACGUUGCGAAGAGAUACAAGGUUUCGCGCGAGGAGCAGGACGAGUUCGCCUUCGAGUCCCAGCGCCGCGCUGCGAAGGCCCAGGCCGAGGGUUUAUUCGACCAAGAGAUUGUGCCCGUUUCUACUAUAUUUCAGGAGACAGAUAAGCAAGGGAACGCGAUUGGAGAGCCGAAACAGAUCACUGUCACCAAGGACGAUGGCAUAAGACCGGGCGUGACGCUCGAGGGCCUUGCUAAACUCAAACCUGUCUACGGCGAAUCUGGCACAAGUACGGCGGGCAAUUCCAGCCAGGUUAGCGACGGAGCCGCCGCGACCCUGGUGAUGAAGCGGAGUACGGCAACAGAGCUCGGACUUACCUCCAGCAUCAUAGGGAAAUUCGUGGCUGCUACUACGGUGGGUUGCGCUCCGGACGAGAUGGGCAUUGGCCCCGCACUGGCCAUCCCUAAGCUCUUGAAUCAGCUCGAUCUCAAGUUGGAGGACGUGGACCGGUGGGAGAUCAACGAGGCUUUCGCUAGCCAAUCUGUCUAUUGCUUGAGAGAGCUUGGCUUGAAAGAAGCCUGGGCGCAGGGUAAAGUUAACCCCGACGGAGGCGCCAUCGCGCUGGGACAUCCGCUCGGUGCUACGGGGGCGAGAAUGACUGCUACAUUGCUACAUGGCUUGGGGCGUACCGGAGGACAGGUCGGUGUGGUAAGUAUGUGCGUUGGGACCGGGAUGGGCAUGGCCGGUGUUUUCGUCCGUGAAUAAUCUCGGUAUGUAUGUGUAUAUGACGGUAACGAUGAAUGAAAAGUAUAUCAUAUGAAAAAGUCGAAAUACGCAUAUGAUGAUCUUCUUUGUCUCGGCACCAGGGCCAUUAGGGUUUUUUUUU